CGGCGCGCGACUACUGCUGCCGCCUCAGCGAACCUCGCAGUUUUCUCGCCUUGUUGCAGGUGUCCAGCAUGCAUCUGGAGGAGCUGAAGAAGCUCCAGACCGGCCUGAAGCAUGGGAACGACGGAGGGUACCAGCUGCACAACCGUCAGCUGAUGAUGGACUCGGAGAACAACGUCGCCCAGAUCCCCGUCAACCUGCGUCCGCUGGAGUCCAAGGUGUUGAUCAUCCAGCGCGCGUGGCGGGAGUUCGUGCAGCGGCAGGACGUCCUGCACCACAGCUGCCUGGAGAAGAGGAGCCCGUCGCCUCCGUCCCUCUCCUCCUCGGGCAAGAUGAGCACCUCCAUCAGCAUGACCACUCUCUCCGACGGCAGCACCCCCGACUAUCGGGAGGAUGGCAUGGACUUGGGGAGCGACGCCUCAAGCCGUUCCAGUUCGGAGUCCAACUCCAACAAGGUGACCCCGUGCUCGGAGUACAAGUCCUCCCCCAGUCUUGACCUGGUCACUUUGGAGGACUAUGAGGAGGACGAGGACUACCAGGAGUACAAGAAGAAGGUCAUCGAGGAGUGGGAGAGUGAGUACGGGGACUGCGGUGACCACGAGGAGGGCGGCGGCUGCCGGAGGCCGGUGAACAGCCGCAGCCUGGCCGAGGAGUUCCAGGACGUCAGGACCCCCCCGCCCCCGCUGGGCGGCAGGACCGCCGCCACCACCGCCGCUGCCGUGCCUGAGGAGCUCAAGCAGAACGGUAACCUCAUCGUGCCCAGCAGCAACCACCAGCCUCCUGCCUCGGGGGCCAAGACUGUGCCCAAGGCCAGGCAGUGGGCUUCAGGUGGCAGCGCGGGCACAGGAGGCACAGUAGGCACAGGAGGCACAGGGGGCACAGGGCCGCUGAGCUCCACCCGGGGCGAGAGGGAGGAGGGAGGCCUGGGGAACGCGCUCCCUGCCGCCGAACCCCAGUUGCCCACCAUGGACUGGGCCGCUCUGGAGAAGCAUCUCGCCGGCCUGCAGUUCCAGGAGCAGGAGGUCCAGAACCAGAACCAGGGCCUGGGAAGGACCAACUACACCUCAGCCCAAAAGAAUGAGAGAGAGUCCAUCAGGCAGAAGCUGGCACUGGGCAGUUUCUUUGACGAUGGGCCCGGCCUCUACACCAGCUGCAGCAAGAGUGGAAAGCCCAGUCUGUCGUCACGACUCCAGAGUGGGAUGAACCUGCAGAUCUGCUUCGUCAAUGACAGCGGCAGCGACAAGGACAGCGAUGCUGACGACAGCAAGACGGAGACCAGCCUGGACACCCCACUGUCCCCCAUGAGCAAGCAGAGCUCAUCCUACUCAGACAGGGACACUACAGAGGACGACUCGGAGUCACUGGAGGACAUGGACUUCCUGAGCAGGCAGAAGAAGCUGCAGGCAGAGGCCAAGCUGGCAUUGGCGAUGGCUAAGCCCAUGGCCAAGAUGCAGGUGGAAGUGGAGAAGCAGAACCGUAAAAAGUCUCCUGUAGCCGACCUGCUACCCCACAUGCCCCACAUCAGUGAGUGUCUGAUGAAAAGAAGCUUGAAACCCAUCGACCUGCGGGACAUGACCCUAGGCCAGCUGCAGGUUAUCGUCAAUGACCUGCACUCCCAGAUUGAGAGUCUGAAUGAAGAACUGGUCCAGCUUCUUUUGAUCCGGGAUGAACUCCACAUGGAGCAGGAUGCCAUGCUGGUGGACAUAGAGGAUCUGACCAGGCAUGCCGAGAGUCAGCAGAAACAUAUGGCUGAGAAGACCCCCUCCAAAUGAGAUGCACCCGCUGUGCCCCUUGCACCCCACAUUGUCCCCACCCCAGGGGCAGCUCAGAACAAGGCCACAUUUUCAUUUGCUUCUGUGGUUGUAAACGUGCUGAAGAUGGAACGCUUUCUGGGAGAUGAAAACAAAUUAAGUGUUAGUCCUAAAUACUGUCCCAAGCUUUCUGUGCAGUGGAUUGGCCUUGCUUCUUUGUUUUUUUUUUAAACUUUUUACAUUUGCCACUAAAUUAUAUUGUCAAUUUGUCAAAUGUGUAUGUAUCUAUAUAUCUGUACAUAGAUAUAUGUUCAUACAUACACAAAUUGGUGAGCAAAAAUAUUAGUGCAAGGUAGAAAAGUGAAAAAAAUGUACAAACGCUAAAAUCUAACAAAAUUUCAGUUGGACAGUAUUUUAAAGUUGGCCUCUUUUUAUUCUGCACAAACAGUAGUUUUCAGAGAAACAUUUAUUUGAAGGUGCUAAAUGAGUGAAAAGGACACAUGCCUGCCUUGUAGUCCGACUUGUAGCUUUUGUUAACAUGUUCACUGUUUGGGUUUCAACAUUUUGUGAAUGUUGAUUUUCUGACACAAGUCAUUUUAAAUAAAUGUGUGUUAAUAUAAUUUUCAUCCAACUGUAUUGAAAAUCUUAUUUCAGGGGGUGGUUUAUGUACAGAUAUGUAAAAUAAAAAUAAAAACUUUGUUUCAUAA